AUGUCCUGGGAGAAGACCAUUCUUGGCUCAGCCAUGAAUGACUGUGUGCUCCUGGAAGAACUGCUGAUCAAAAAGUCCCAGCAGAAAAGAAGGACUUCACCCUCCAACUUCAAAGUGCGCUUCUUUGUCUUAACUAAAUCCAAAUUGGCUUACUAUGAACAUCGCCAUGGGAAAAAAAGGACUUUGAAGGGUUCUGUGGAACUUUCCAGGAUUAAAUGUGUGGAAAUUGUGAAAAGUGACAUCAUCAUUCCCUGUCAGUAUAAAUAUCCUUUCCAGGUCGUCCAUGAUAACCACAUACUCUACGUGUUUGCACCCAAUCGUGAGAGCCGGCAGAGAUGGGUCUUUACACUGAAAGAAGAAACCAGAAACAACAGCCUGUUUUCAAAGUGUCAUCCAGAUUUUUGGAUAGAUGGCAAGUGGAGAUGCUGUGCUCAGACAGAGAAGAUGGCAGCUGGCUGUGUGGAGUAUGACCCCACCAAAAAUGCCUCAAAGAAGCCUCUUCCUCCCACUCCUGAAGACAACCGGAAAUUGUUGCUAGACCCAAAGGACGCCUUAGUCAUGGCCAUAUAUGACUAUGAAGCCCAGAAUCCGCAGGAGCUAACAUUACAAUAUAACGAGGAAUAUUAUGUGAUUGACAGCUCUGAGGAACAUUGGUGGCUGAUUCAAGAUAAGAAUGGGCAUGAAGGCUAUGUGCCGAGUAGCUACCUGGCGGAAAAAUCACCUGAAAAUCUACAAAUAUAUGAAUGGUACAAUAAGAACAUCAGCAGAAGCAAAGCAGAAACACUCCUCAAGGAUGAGGGUAGGGAAGGUGCCUUCAUGGUGAGAGAUUCAAGGCAGCCUGGCAUGUACACAGUCUCUGUUUUCACCAAAGCAUUAAGCAUGGAUAACAAUCCCGUUAUAAAGCAUUAUCACAUCAAUGAGACAACUGACUACCCCAAGCGAUAUUACUUGGCAGAAAAGCAUGUGUUUGACUGCAUCCCUGAACUCAUCAACUAUCACCAGCACAAUGCAGGAGGUCUUGUCACUCGUUUGCGGUAUGCAGUCUCUUCUUGGAGAAAAACAGCCCCAAUCACUGCAGGGCUGAGCUACGGAAAAUUGGUCAUUAAUCCCUCUGAGCUCACCUGUGUACAGGAAAUUGGCAGUGGUCAGUUUGGAGUGGUCUACCUUGGCUACUUGCUGGAGAAGACGAAAGUAGCCAUAAAGACUAUUCGUGAAGGAGCAAUGUCUGAAGAGGAUUUCAUUGAGGAAGCUAAAGUCUUGAUGAAGCUGUCUCACCCCAAGCUAGUCCAGCUUUAUGGUGUGUGCUUUGAGAACACUCCCAUAAGCCUGGUGUUUGAGUUCAUGGAGAAUGGCUGCUUGUCCGACUACCUCAGGAGCCAGCGGGGCAGUUUUUCAAAGGAGACUCUGCUGGGGAUGUGCCAAGAUGUGUGCGAAGGAAUGGCUUAUCUGGAACAAAACUCUGUCAUCCACAGAGACCUGGCUGCUAGGAACUGCCUGGUGGGGGAAUCCCACGUGGUCAAAGUGUCUGACUUCGGGAUGUCGAGGAUUGUCCUUGAUGAUCAGUAUACCAGCUCCACGGGUACCAAGUUUCCAGUCAAGUGGUCUGCUCCAGAGGUUUUCUCCUACAGCCACUAUAGCACCAAAUCUGAUGUUUGGUCAUUUGGAGUGCUGAUGUGGGAGGUCUUCAGUGAAGGUAAAAUCCCUUAUGAGAAUCGCACCAAUGGAGAAGUGGUGGAAGAAAUCAAUGCAGGAUUUCGGCUUUACAAACCCAAGCUGGCCUCCAAGGUGAUUUAUGAGGUCAUGAGCCACUGCUGGAGGAUGAGGAAAGAUGACCGGCCAUCCUUUUCUCUUCUGCUGUAUCAACUGAGUGAAAUCUCUGAGUUUGAUCUGUAAUCAUGGCACCAACAGCUAAGCAAAGCUAAGAGAGUCCCAAGAGAGCAGAUGGCUGGAUUUUUCUCACACAAAGCAUUAAGAGGAAUCCUCUCACCAUAGAUACUUGCCAUGUGCCUGGGGAGAAGGAGCGAGCAGAAGCUGGUAGUUCCAGACAGACAAGAUACCCCCAGGUCUUCCAGAGCCUAGACAGACACAGGCUUUGGUUUGGCAAAGAAUGUCGUUUGCAUCUUACAAGCAGAAGCUGCAAUUGAGCAGAGAGUCCUGAACCACACAAUCCAGCAAGUGUAUUUUUCCUGAAGAUACAGCCUCAAAGCUAAGAGAUCUGACAUUGCUAUUCCAGUUCUGUGAACUCCCAAAUUAAUGUCUUCCCUGGGGAAAUAACCCCUGUCUUUAACUGAGGAACAUUUAGACAUUUCCAUGGCUUUCUAAUUAAGAGUGGGCUAGACCUGAAAGCUCUGAACAGGAAUAAGCCUGGGAUACAUGGGAACAGGCUGGGUUUAGUGACUGUAUUUCUGAUGCUGAUAUUUCAAGGUGGUUUCAUUCUCCCUUUGCAUGAUUUUCUUUGAAACUGUGGCAUAACAGAAACAAGAUUCUGGUACCCAGUAAACUGAAGAGGUGCCUGCACGUGCAUGCAAGUUUGUAAGGAGGGAAGAGAAAAAGCAGCAUGUUGAAGAAUCUUGAAAUUCUCUCAAAUUGUGUAGUGCAGUGAGUGGGAAGUUAAAUAAUGAUUUCCAUCCAAUUUCUUUGAACGGAGAAUGGAGGACUGAGCAGUGCAGAGUGCUAUGUGUUUCCAGUCCAGGACAAGGCAGGAUCCCAGGAUCUGAUUAUCUGUGAAAGGUACAGAAGCCUACUCCUGAACUGGUAUGUUUGGAAGGAAGGAGCCAGAGGGCUCAGAAGUGUAACCAUGAGUAGAUCAUGUGCUCAGUGCACCACUGAUAGUAAGAAGAGUUUUCUCAUUCUUCAAAGAGUACCUGAAUCAUCACAAGACUUUUCCAUCUCUUCUGUGAACAAAGGGACUGAUCAAAGAAAAAGUCCUAUAUGAAUGGUCUGCCUGGGUACUGACUCCAUGAGGAGUUCCACAUUAUGUGGUGACAGCAGAAGAACAUAUAAACAAUAUCCAUCUCCUGGUAUUUCAAUUAAAAUUUAUGUUUUCACUGCAAGACAGAGACACUGUUUUGACGUAACUGACCUCAAAGCCAAAAGUGUGGGUGUUGGUGUCCUGCAGAAUUUGUAAAUAAGAUCAGGACUUUCUGCUAAGCAUUAACAAUAACUAGAGAAGUCAAGAGGACUCACAGAUGGUAUGUGCAUAUAUGCAGCAUGUAUUUUUGGUGCUUCUCUCUUUGGGCAGAUAAGAAGAUGAGUAAACCUUAGGUGACAGCAGUUUACAAAAACUGUAAGGUGCAAACUUCCAGCAGCAAUCUCUCCUGUCAUUACAGAAGUCAGAUUCAAAUAUGUUUGCCAACAAAAAUGAAACAAGGAAAUAAUGUAAUCCCAUGAUCUCACAUAUCCUGUGUCAAACUAUUUCUUCAUAGAGGGAGGCUUAAUUUUUGUUAUUUUUUAGACUCAUGGUUCUAGGGUAGCUUCUAGGAGCUAGCAUAUCUUUUCAGGUAUAUGGAUACAGGCAAGGCAUUAGUUCCUGCCUUAUACAUUUUCCCACUUUGAUUUGAUUCCAUGUUAUUUUCUUUGGUUUACUCCUACACAUAUCAUGCAGACUCUCCCAGGCAAGGAGAAUCCCAACACUCAGAUGAGACGUUGUCAAUCCUAAAAGCAGGAUCAGAGUGCUACCUUCGAAUCAAGAUUGAUGCCAAAAUCUCUUCAUAGUCUGAACCAGUAUGUGGAAAGUGAGCAUCUAUAAACAGAUUAUGAAUUUUUGCCUACAGUGAAUUUAAGCUAAGUUUCUCUUUGUCCCUUGCAUCCUUUAGUCUGAGUUAGCCUGUUGUCACAUCCUGGUGAUGCCAAAUUUCACUUUUAGCCAAUGAAGUUAGUAGCCCUAACCAUGUUAAACCGUACAUCUACAGCUAAAUUUGAGGACAGCUGGCCAUCACUCUGUUUUCUCCCCCUUUUUAUUGCACUUAGACAACCCAUACAACCACGGAAUACUCUGAAUCGAUUCUUCCUGAGCACAGACACUGUGGCAGGGGUAUCUGCAGGCUCACCAAGUUAAGCUUCCGGCUUGCUGCCCCCUCCAUCCUUGAAGGAACCAGCAGUCUGUCAAGCUUGAGGAGGUUGCUAUUAAGUAGCAGCAAUAUUGCUCUGCUAGGUAAUGUUUCUUGAGAUUAUAUUUAUAUUUAGAUAAGUGUAAUAUUUAUUAGCUAUUGAGUGUUGCACUAAAUAAUAUUGUGAUGUUUUAUGUCCCGUUUUCUUUGGCAGU